CACUAGGUUGGGAUGAAUAUAAACAUUCUCAAGGGCUUCAAGAGCAACUUACAUAUUCAAAUUGCAAAGGAAUGGGAUGGGAUGCAUGGCGUGAUAUAGUUACUGAUUCACAGAUUAGAAUUAUGCGAAUGGCAACUGUGUUAUCGAAGUAUUUUACACAAGAAGAAAUUAAAGUGGCAUUUCAUCUUGAAUUUGAAGAAGAAAGUAAUGAAUAUGUUUUUAAAUCUCCAGUUUGCAUUGUAUGUCCGGGAAGUGCAAUUCCAAGAUGGUUCCCAAAUGAAGUUGAUAAAUCUGUACUACGGAUCGAACUUGGUUCAAACUUCUUUAACGCUAAUUUUUUGGGUUUCGCUUAUUCUGUUGUUGUUGCAUUCAAGAAUUAUAAUGUUGGAGGGAGUUUGAGGGUUGGAUGUAAAAUCAAUUUCAAAGACUCUUGUGAUCAUCGUGUCCAUCAUCGGAGUUGCAUGGUUGCCGAAUAUGGGGAAAUCAAUGAGUGCAAGUUUGAAACGCCUCACGUGUUCAUCUGGUUUAGUACCUUUGACCAUGUAAAGCAAGGAAGCUACAAUGGCGUCACCGAGGCCAUAUUUGACUUCUACCCAAUGACAGAUGAUCUUCCUGAUGGCAGAGCCGUUGAUUGUUCCAAGAUAAAGGUGACAAGGUGUGGGGUCUUCCCAAUGUAUGCCCCAGUUGAUUCGAUAUUGGCAUCGAGGAUGAAACUGGUGAGGGAGCACACGAAUCAUUUCCUUAUUUAGUAGAUCUCAUGUUUAACAGGAGGGCUGCCAGACAUGAUCUAAGUCUCUGAAUUAUUUUGUAAUUUACAUGCUGUUUCUUUAUUUGUGCAAUUGAGAUAUACAAGUCCAACUACUACAAUUGCUAAACUAAGUUUUCAUGUA